ACAGUGUGAAGUUGUCACGGUGCACUUGUCGCAUGAUGGCGCAACAUGUUGACCGUUCAGGCACACCGGCAGCUCUUUUAUUACUUGUUUUUACAAUAUUCAAUCUAGUAUACGCCAACGCAUUUAUAGGAGUGAAAGUAAUCGGUAGUCAAAAUGUGAAAUCAGUGAAUAUUUUAGACAGGGAACGAUCUGAUACACGGAAAUACUCGUCGAACAGUUCCGAUUUCCUUGUCGAAGUUCUUGGCACCGGUCUCGAGAGCAACAUUUCUUUGUGCUGGUCUCCCACACCCGACAAUUGUGAUCCAAACCUGAACAACACAUUACGCGCUGUCUGGAUCGCGCCGAAUGGCAAUCGUGCGGUGUAUAAAUUUGACCAAGUUCCUACUUUUAAGGUUACCACGAUCUAUUUCUGUCUAAGAAUCGUCACCAGGUUCGGUGAAACAUGGACCAAUCUUGGAAGCAACUUUGCUAUCACUUCACCGUCACGAUCGGUGAAACAUUAUCGUGCACGUCGUCAACAGUUUUUACCUUCUGUUAAUGCUGAUCAUGAAGAACCCUAUAUAGUACCAGUAAUUCAAGGAAUAAGAAUAGAAACAGCUGAUAAGGAUCCUAGUUACAGAGCAGAUGGGAUUCCAGAAAUAUUAGCUGGGAGCAGAGCUGUUAUAAGACUAUUUGGUAUUGGUAUCACAGAAGAUAUAUUAGUCACUUUUACGGAUGAACCAGCAAAAUGGGGUGCUAUUUGUGAUAAAAUCAAAAGCAAUGAAUUCCCGGUAAGAAAUGUAAAUAAUAAUACUGCAACUGUAGAUGUGGUAUUGCCACUUGGUUCACCAUUUUAUGUAUGUAUAAAACAACCAGUAUACGGAAGGGAUGCUUCGGAUCUUGCACUUUUCAAACAUCAAGGUACACAUACAUGGGGCACUAUUUAUACGUAUGAAAAAUUUUUACCACUUUGGCUUAGUAUUGUAAUUAUCCUCAUGUGUCUUAGUUUUUCUGCUCUGUUUUCUGGUUUGAAUUUGGGAUUAAUGGCAAUGGAUAGAACUGAACUAAAAAUACUCUGUAACACUGGAACUGAAAAGGAAAAACAAUAUGCAAGGACUAUACAACCAGUAAGGAAUCAUGGGAAUUAUUUGUUAUGCUCAAUUUUAUUCUCAAAUGUUCUGGUGAAUUCGAUAUUCACUAUUUUGCUAGAUGAUUUGACAUCUGGAUUAGUUGCAGUCAUUUGCUCCACCUUAGCUAUUGUAAUUUUUGGUGAAAUUUCGCCACAAGCUAUUUGCAGUAGACACGGAUUAUGUAUAGGAGCUAAAACAAUUUAUAUAACAAAACUGACUAUGAUAAUAACAUUUCCAUUGAGUUAUCCUAUCAGCAAGCUUCUAGAUGUUCUUCUGGGUGAAGAAAUUGGCAAUGUGUAUAAUCGUGAACGGUUGAAGGAAUUAGUAAGGGUCACAACAGGCUAUAAUGAUUUAGAAAAAGACGAAGUGAACAUAAUCGCUGGUGCAUUAGAAUUACGGAAAAAAUCUGUUGCGGAUGUAAUGACAAAAAUCGAGGAUGUAUACAUGUUAAAUUACAAUGCGAUUUUAGAUUUUGAAACGGUAUCGGAGAUUAUGAAGUCUGGUUUCUCACGGAUACCAGUAUUUGAAGGAACAAGGACGAACAUAGUAACAAUGCUUUAUAUUAAAGAUCUUGCGUUUGUUGAUCCAGAUGAUAAUAUGCCACUUAAAACCUUGUGUCAGUUUUAUAAAAAUCAAUGUAAUUUUAUUUUCGAAGAUGUUACGUUGGACAUAAUGUUCAAGCAAUUUAAAGAAGGUAAUAAAGGACAUAUGGCGUUCGUUCAAAGAGUAAAUAACGAAGGCGAAGGAGAUCCGUUUUACGAGGUGAUAGGAUUAGUUACAUUGGAGGAUGUCAUAGAAGAACUGAUUCAAGCCGAGAUCAUGGAUGAAACUGACGUCUUCACGGAUAACAGAACUAAACGUAGAAGGCAAGCUAAGCAUAAAGUACAAGACUUUACCGUGUUCGCGGAGAAGAAAGAGAACCAACGAAUUCAUAUAUCACCGCAGUUGACACUGGCCAUGUUUCAGUAUUUAUCCACAACUGUAGAUGCAUUUAAAUCCGAUACAAUAUCGGAAACUAUUUUGCGUCGUUUGCUUAAACAAGACAUUAUUUAUCAUAUCAAAGUGAAAUCGCGCGAAAAAGCGAGACACGAUCCGGCAGCAGUAAUUUACCAACAAGGAAAAGCAGUCGACUAUUUUGUUUUGAUUUUGGAAGGUCGAGUUGAAGUUACAGUCGGCAAGGAGAAUAUGAUGUUCGAAAGUGGUCCAUUCACAUAUUUUGGUUCUCAAGCGCUUACUGUGAAUAUAGGAGUUGCUGAAUCUCCUACUAUUUCGAAUCCACAAGCUGUGGGAAGCAUACAGUCCAUCAACUUGGACUCCAUGUUACGAUACACAUUCGUUCCUGACUAUACAGUACGGGCGGUAACGGAAGUGUUUUAUGUUAAAAUCAAGAGAUCUCUUUAUUUGGCUGCGAAACGAGCUACGCUUCUGGAAAAAAGCCAGAAAGAUCCGUUACCCGGUCAUGAACAAUUUGACGACGAAGUCGAAAAGUUGUUACAUUCUUUGGACGAGGAUGACCGUAGUGUGCCAGAAUCUCCGGUGUUGCCAAUCGAUAAAGAAAAAGAACCAAAAAAAGAAAAAGAAAGUAUGCAAUCUCCUGUUCAUAGCGCAACAGCCCCGACUUCGCCCGCCCCCGUCAGCGCCAGCCCGGUUACACAUUCGAAAUUCGUUUCAUCAUACAGCGACCACAACGGGAAGCUGAAAAAUUCACCAACAAAGGCAACCUCGGUGACAAGUCCCAUCCAAACUCCAAGCUUAGACAUGGAAAUGCUUGCGUGUCGAGAAGUGAACAGAGUAAUGUCUGCAAAGAAAUUACUCGAGGAGGAAGAAGAAAGAACGAAUCUCCUGCCAAAGCAAGAGGACUCUUAACGUUCAGUGAAUAGUCGAUGAUGUUUAAACGCGUCGACGCUUGUAAACAGAAAACUAUCAAACAACGAAGAGCAGGAAAAACCUCUAUGACAUACAAUGCUAUCAUGAUGGCAUUAGGUACUUAACAAAUCACUUAAAUAUUUAUCGCCAAACAAAUCGAUAUAUAUCUGAUCAUGCGAGUUUUAAUUUCGAAAUAGUUGAUUCAGAGACUGUUCGCGACAUUCUAGUUCUAUCGAGUUAGUAUGCUCAGGGAAGAUUGCCAAAUUUACAAACGCAUCCUUCAUAUUGUAGCCUACGUAAACAACGGACUACGUAAUCAAAACGUGAAUUCAUUCUCAAUCGAUGAUCUUUUUGUUUCCAUUCAGAUAUUGCGUUCAAAUGCAUAAUUCUUCUUUUUCUUUUCUUUUCUAUUUACGUAAAAAUAGGGCGGAACGCUUAUCGUAAUAACAACAUACUCAUUGAGAGACUUCGUGUUUCCUUUUGUAUUUUUAUUUUCCAAUGAUUUUGAUGUAGAAUUUGUAAAUAUCAUUUCGUUUUUUUGCUAUGUUGAGUUUUUCGAAAAAAAAGAAACCGAACUUCUGAAAUGUGCAUUUCAUUUUCGACAAUGAAGUACACGUUUAUAUAACAUUUUAUGAGAAUCGUGUGUUUGCAUAUUGCGCAACAUUAUAUUUUUAUCGUAACGUGGAAAAAAGAUUUCACAAGGAUUUGAAAGAAUUUGAAGGAUUACUGGGCAAAUACAAUCGAGAUUGUUAGAUUACUUGUUAUCGCGAAAGGGAAGAGAGAGAGCGAGAGAUGGGAGAGAGAGGAAACGUAUUCGAUAAAAGCACAUCGAGCGUUUACCAGGUGGGAGUACAAAACUCAUUAUUUAAAGUCUAUCGCAUAAAUACAAGGAGGGUUUUAAAGUUGUGUGUUUCUUUUCCUUUUUGUUCUUGUUAAGUUUCGUCGAUUUGUUUACGUCGUAUCCUCAAUACGAAUGUGAAUAGUGUGAAUAGAAACGAAUCCCUCAUCUUAUUAAUCAAUUGUAAAAAGAUCCUCGGUAUAGUAUUACUACGAAAAUUGAUUGUAUUUCUAUUGAGUGCCUUAACGAGUUAUAAAAUCGUCUGCAAUGAAAUGCACUUUAAUAGAAGGCGAAUAUAUAAUUUUCUAGAAUGGGUUCCACCUUAUAUAUGUUCGAUUCAAUACUCUUGCAUUCUUACGACAAUGGCACAGUCAAUUUAUUAUAAAUGUUGUUGAUUCGAGGCAGAUUUUCUUCAUUCGUCAUAACACUUUCAUGCAACACGUGAUAUUUAUUAUACUAUAAUACAUAGAAGAUAUACUCGUGCACAGUGUAUUGUAAAAAUACGAUCGUGUAUUUCAAACGAAUAGUGUUGUUAUGUGACAAUGGCGCAACGGUACAAUCCCCUCAAACAGUAGAAGAAUAGAAAAUUUCAACAAGUUCGAUAUUCUAACGAUACAUAAGCUUUUAUUUUUCUCAAUUGCUGUGUCAAAUGAAAAAGAUCGUUCCCCUAUAUAUACGUAUUAUUGGUAUUAUACAUACAUAUAUACACACGUGACUAGACUGCGGAUCUGUAUGCAAAGUAUAAAUUUUUCACAUUGAUUAUAAGAGUCUGCUAUUAAGUAGACAGUUGCUCCUUUUUCAUCAGGAUUCUUCAAUUAUUUUUUUUAUGUUUUUUACCGUUUUAUAUUUUACAUGUUCAUUUUUGCCAUAAACGUAUAAAAUCUGCAGUCUACGAUUAACAUACAUAUACAUGUAACGACGAUCAACAUCUGUACAUAUCCUGUGUUCGAAAUAGGUGAAAUAAGUACGAAUAGAGAUUUUUCCGAGUUUCAGAGUAUCCCUAACGAAGAGAUAAUAAUUAUCUGAUAAGCUGUUAAAUCUACGAAGUAACAAGAUAAUGAGAAAAUGAGAAUCUGUCGUUGAAUUUUUUACGGAAAGAAUCAACUAGCGUACUUAAUGCGUAAGCAACAUAGAGCCGGUUCAACAAAUAGGUUUACAUAUUAGCAUAUAGCGGCGAGAAUCUAUAGUUUUCACUUCGAAAUCAUUGCGGCUUAUCGUUGUUUCCAUUAAAAAUUUAAUACUUAGACUGUUACUGCCAUAUUUUUUAUACGUACACAUUGUUGUUUCGAUGUUUGUUUUAAACUAUUUUCUCUAAAACAAAUUGAAAAUUUGAAACGAAACCGAUUCGGUAGCGUAUCAUUUUACAAGUAUCGAUUAUUUGAAAAACAGAAAACGGCAACGAGAAUUUAAUUUCAAACCUUAGAGUUAUUAUAUACAUACCUGCUUAAGAUAUAUGUAUGUAUGCAUGUGUGUAUAUAUAUACACAUACAUACAUACACACAAAUUUAAUAUAUACCGAUUUUAGAUCAACAUACAUUGUACAAAAUCGUUCAGAUUUUAUUUUAUACAACUAUGUUUAUCAUUUGAACGAUUUUACGUAAAUAAGAACGUUUACAUGUCUAUUGUACCUUUGUGGAAUGUUUCGUCGAGUACAAUAUAAUUUAUAGUAUAUAGCUUGAAAAUACAUUCGUUUGGACGUAUUUCGCUUAAAGUAAUCGGCAUGCUACCAGUGUAAUUCGAUUGAACAAUGCGAAACUUCAAACUGCAAUAGAGGCGCAGAAAACAGUUGUCGCCUAUAUUCGUAGCAUUUAUUAUUUUUUAUAUAGGUUACUUUUCUCCGGGUAUCUAUUAUCGUUUUGUUGUUAAUUUACAAUGGAUGUUAUAUGCAGUAUUUUUAUAGUUCAUGUAGUUAUUAGAUUUCGUUUUUAAACCAUUUAUUGUAUUGUUGCGAAUCAUUUAUAUUUAUGGUUUUUCAUAAUCUGUGCGUAUUAUCUUUAGCCACAUAUAUUCGUAAAGUGUUUAUUCGUCUCUCAUAACCAAUACAUUGUUUUGCUGUGAAAGUUUUAACAAAUAAGAAAACAAAAAUAGAGCAACAAGAAAAAUUAGUGAAAUUAUUUAGUUUACACUGUAUUCGCAAUGCGAUCAAUUCGAUUUAAUUUAUCAGGCUUCUGCAUGGAAUUCUAUAGCUAUAUGGUGCUUACACCGAUAUCUUUUUCGUGAUAGUGAGUUCAUUGACACGAGAACUGUAAUAAAUUUCUCAAUAUUGCGGCAAGUACCUGCAAUUCUACUAGGGAUUGCAAUUCGUUAAAAUGAAGCUACACCAGUGCCAGAAAUUCGGUAAUCCCUAUUGGUAUCCGAUUAUAAAUCUCUUGCACAUACUCCCGACAAGAUGAUAUAUUAUUACUUCUUCGUCGUGGUUAAUUUCGAAAUCAAUGUAUGUAUGUCGAUGAAAAUGUACAUUUGAGCAAAAAAGCAGAGUGAAAUAUUUAUCAACGUAUUACUGUAUUCACAAAAUAUAAAGUACAAUUUCGUUUUCAGGG